CGUCCGCGGCGCGCCCGGAGCCCGGAGCCCGAGGGGGGGUGGGGGACGAGGCCAAAGUUGGGCGCGCCGCGGAGUUGCGCGUCGUGUGGUGUCGUCCCACCCCACCACCACCACCGCCACCACCAGCACCACCACCAUCACCACCACCACCACCCCCGGGUCUCCCACCCCCCGCGCCCCGCGAACUCCGGCGGCGGCUGAAGCGACGGCUGCGGCGGCCCGAGCAGCAUGCCGAGGAGGAAGCAGCAGGCCCCCCGGCGCUCGGCAGCUUAUGUUCCCGAGGAAGAACUGAAGGCGGCUGAAAUAGAUGAGGAACACGUGGAAGAUGGUGGGCUGUCUCUGGACAUUCAGGAGAGUGAAUUCAUGUGCAACGAGGAGACAGAAAUCAAAGAGGCCCAGAGCUACCAGAACUCCCCCGUUAGCACUGCCACCAAUCAGGACGCUGGCUACGGGUCACCCUUCAGCGAGAACAGUGACCAGCUGACCCACUUCAAGAACUCCUCCAGAGAGGAGAAGGAGGAGCCCCGGUGCGCGGAGAGCAUCUCCUACCCCCAGGACAGCUUGGCGCAGAUCAAAGCCGUGUAUGCGAACUUGUUCUCGGAUUCUUGCUGGUCCAGCUUAGCUUUGGAUUUAAAGAAGUCCAGUUCGACCAGCAGCCACAACGAUGCGGGCCCGAAGGAGAGCUCCACGCCCACGCCCACGCCCCCCACCAGCACUGCCAGCGCAGCCAGCACCACGGCGGCGGCGGCGGCCCCGACCACAGCCAGCACCAGCUGCGGCACGGGCACCAGCCAUCACAGCACCACCAGUAACAGCGGCGGCUCGGGCUAUGACUGGCACCAGGCGGCGCUGGCCAAGACGCUGCAGCAGACCUCGUCCUACGGCUUGCUGCCCGAGCCCAGCCUCUUCAGCACCGUGCAGCUCUACCGGCAGAACAACAAGCUGUAUGGCUCGGUGUUCACGGGCGCCAGCAAGUUCCGGUGCAAAGACUGCAGCGCCGCGUACGACACGCUGGUGGAGCUGACGGUGCACAUGAACGAGACGGGCCACUACCGUGACGACAACAGGGACAAGGACUCGGAGAAGACCAAGCGGUGGUCCAAGCCCAGGAAGCGCUCCCUCAUGGAGAUGGAGGGCAAGGAGGACGCGCAGAAGGUACUGAAGUGCAUGUACUGUGGACAUUCCUUUGAGUCCUUGCAAGACCUCAGCGUCCACAUGAUCAAGACGAAGCAUUACCAGAAAGUGCCUCUGAAGGAGCCCGUGCCCGCCAUCACCAAGCUCGUCCCUUCCACCAAGAAGCGAGCGCUUCAGGACCUGGCGUCCCCUUGCUCCCCGGAGCCCGCAGGCGUGGGUGCCGCCGCCGCCGCCGAGGUCGCGCUGAGCGAGUCAGCCAAGGACCAGAAAGCGGCCAACCCGUACGUCACACCCAACAACCGCUAUGGCUACCAGAACGGUGCUAGCUACACGUGGCAGUUUGAGGCCCGCAAGGCGCAGAUCCUGAAGUGCAUGGAGUGUGGGAGCUCUCACGACACGCUGCAGCAGCUCACGGCGCACAUGAUGGUCACGGGCCACUUCCUGAAGGUGACCACUUCCGCCUCCAAGAAAGGAAAGCAGCUGGUGCUAGACCCCGUGGUGGAAGAGAAGAUCCAGUCCAUCCCCCUGCCUCCCACCACCCACACCCGGCUGUCUGCCUCCAGUAUCAAGAAGCCGCCCGACUCCCCUGCCGGAUCCACAGCCUCGGAAGAAAAGAAAGAACCGGAGAAGGAGAAGGAGAAGGCGCCAGUGGUCGGAGACACGGAAAGGAAGAUCAAGGAGGAGAGAGAGGAUGCCGCCGAGAAGUUCGAGCCCACCACUCUCUACCAGUAUCUGCGCGAAGAGGACCUGGAUGACAGCCCCAAGGGGGGUGUGGAUAUCCUAAAGUCCCUUGAAAACACCGUGUCCACGGCCAUCAGCAAAGCCCAGAAUGGCGCGCCCUCGUGGGGCGGCUACCCCAGUAUCCAUGCAGCCUACCAGCUGCCGGGCACCGUGAAGCCCCUGCAGGCCACUGUGCAGAGCGUCCAGGUCCAGCCGUCCUACGCCAGUACCGUGAAGUCGCUGUCCUCUGCCGAGCACAACGCCCUCCUGCACUCCCCAGGAAGCCUCACUCCCCCGCCCCACAAGAGCAACGUGUCGGCCAUGGAGGAGCUGGUGGAGAAGGUCACGGGCAAGGUCAGCGUCAAGAAAGAGGAGAGGCCUGCGGAGAAGGAGAAGAGCUCCCCUGUCAAGGCCACUUCCCCGGCGGCGGCCAAAGAGAAUAAGGAUUUUCCAAAGUCGGAAGACGCUGGCAACAAGCAACAGAAGAAAAGCUCCGACGCCGAGACGGUGAAGGCCAAAAAGGAGGGUCUGGCGGAUGCUCACACCCCCAAUGGCACAGAGCCUCUCAAAGCCAAGGUCACCAAUGGCUGCAGCAACCUAGGGAUCAUCACAGACCACUCGCCGGAACCUUCCUUCAUUAACCCACUGAGCGCUUUGCAGUCCAUCAUGAACACCCACUUAGGCAAGGUGUCCAAGCCCGUGAGCCCCUCUCUGGACCCCCUUGCAAUGCUGUACAAAAUCAGCAACAGCAUGCUGGACAAGCCUGUCUACCCCACCACCCCAGCAAAGCAGGCUGACGCCAUUGACCGCUACUACUACGAAAACAGCGACCAGCCCAUCGACCUGACCAAGUCCAAGAACAAGCCCCUGGUCUCCGGUGUGGCCGACGCGGUGGCCUCCCCACUCCGGGAGAGUGCCCUCAUGGAUAUCUCCGACAUGGUGAAGAAUCUCACGGGCCGGCUAACUCCCAAGUCCUCCACACCGUCCACCGUGUCAGAGAAGUCUGACGCGGACGGCAGCAGCUUCGAGGAGGCCCUGGAUGAGCUGUCACCCAUCCACAAGCGGAAGGGGCGUCAGUCCAACUGGAACCCCCAGCACCUGCUCAUCCUGCAGGCCCAGUUUGCGUCGAGCCUGCGGGAGACGGCGGAGGGCAAGUACAUCAUGUCAGACCUGGGCCCCCAGGAGCGGGUGCACAUCUCCAAGUUCACAGGCCUCUCCAUGACUACCAUCAGCCACUGGCUGGCCAAUGUGAAGUACCAGCUACGGAGGACAGGGGGGACAAAGUUCCUUAAGAACCUGGACACGGGACAUCCUGUUUUCUUUUGCAACGAUUGUGCCUCUCAGUUCAGAACUGCUUCCACGUACAUCAGCCACCUGGAGACGCACCUGGGUUUCAGCUUGAAGGACCUCUCUAAGCUGCCGCUCAGUCAGAUUCCAGAGCCGCAGAGCGUCUCCAAGGUCAUCGGCAGCAAGACUCUGGGCCCGCUGGGGGCGGCCGAGGAAGACCUGGGCUCCACAUUCCAAUGCAAGCUCUGCAACCGGACCUUUGCAAGCAAGCACGCAGUCAAGCUGCACCUUAGUAAGACGCACGGCAAGUCGCCGGAGGACCACCUGAUCUAUGUGACCGAGCUGGAGAAGCAAUAGCGUCCAGGUACGCAAGUGACCGACCGUGGAACAUUGCACUAGGCGUCGUCAUUUCGUCGUCCUCGUCCUGCACUAGGGCCUGGCCUGAGCCGCUGAAAUCAGUCUUUCCUUUGUCGCUGGGCUGCCUAUCCGGACCUCGUUUUUUUCUUACACAUAUUUUGUAGUUAUAUUUAUACGCUCUUUGUUCUGUGCAUGUUAUUUUUUUUUUCCCCCUUCUUUCGUAAGUCAAAGUCUGACCUUUAUUUUCAACAUCUGUUCUCGAUGUUAAGCUAUCUUUUGUAGGAAAUUGUGGGGCACACUAUUCAGAGACACUAUUUAGCAGUAAAGAAAGACACAAAUAGCAAUGAUAAAAAGACAUCCUAAAAAAAUUACAAAGUUGCCAUGACAAUAGAGGUCAUAAGACCUGGUAGUGUCAAGUUUUAACCCUUUGAGGACUGUAAUCGCAUCUCUGUGCCUUUCACUCAAAAAUAAAAAAAAAAAAAAGAGAGAGAGAGAGAAAAAGAAAAAAAAGGGGACAAAAAGGCGCUUAAAGGCAUUUCAUUCAGAUCAAAAGCUGUGUCAGACACAAAACUUAUUUAAUAAUUAAAAAUGAGCUUUUAUAUGCAGGACUUAUUUGUGAGGAAGUGUGCAGGCAGCUGUUGGAGACAGAAAGCUGUCUAGGACUCACGGGGUUACAAAGCCACAACUUCACAUGUUCUAAACAAAACAAAAAACUAACAACUACAAAUACCCCAGUCGCCACUAUGCCCAAACUCUCUGGAUGCUGAAAAAUGCCACUUUUGGCAAAAAAAAAAAAGUAUGUAUGCAAGCUUAUUAUUUAAAAAUGUGUAAAAAAUGCUAUUUCUUUUUUCCUGUAAAAUACUGCGGUUUAUAGUUAUUUACAAAUGUAAGCUUUGGUAUCAGCUAACCUUUCUAUAGCGUGAUGCAUUGGUAAAUGGAAACACACACACACACACACACACACACACACACAUACUCACAGAGAAAAAAAACAAAAACCAAAAAAAAAAAAAAAUGGGGCAAAUGUUGGAGUCCUUUCCUUGUAAAUUGCCGGCAUCAGCUUAAACACUCCUGUAUGUUACACAUCAUAUCAUUUUAAUCUAUUCAACUUUCUUUGUACCUUCUGGCUGUAUGCUUUCUCUUUUAACUUUUUAUAUUGUCAUUUUAUAUUAAAUUUCUGUGUAUAUAAUGUAAAACCACGAUUUUUGGAUAAAAUUUAGUUCCUGCAGCUUGAUUUAAAUAGAGAAAUUUUACUGGCACCUGCAUCUUCUCAGAUGCAUGUACUCAGAGGAAGUAUCAACAAAAAUAAAUAAAUAAAUAAAUAAAAGCAAAGCAAGCGAUGCACUAUUAAUUAAACCUUUUGAUGUCCUGUCAUUAAUAUUGUACAGUAUGUUUUGGUUCACACAGUUAAAUCCACUGUUUUCUGAAAUGUAAAAUAAACCCACACGCAGUUCUUGGUUUA